AUAAGGGGAAAAAGGACAGGAGUGAAAGCUUUCUCAGAUAAAACCCCUCGCCUGCUUUCUUCUUUGGCUAGCCCCAUUCCCACACGCCUUUCUUCUACUUCUCUCUAUAUUUGAAGGGGAAAAGGAAAGAAAAAAUUGAAAUUACCAUCUGCAGAUACGAAGAUGAGCCCAAGAUUUGAUGUUUUCAGUUUGUUUGGAAGAUAAUGAGCAGAGGCUUUAGUGUCUUCUUCUCGGAAGAAGAUGGUUUCCCAUUUUCAAGAGCAUGAAUCCCUUUUCCAAAAUUCGAUCUUUGAUGCCCUUUAUUGUGAAGAAGAGCGUUUUGAAGAAGUUUUAGGAGGUGGGUUUGACUUCCAGUCGCCAGAAAUUGAGGAUUCUAAUGAGAUUCAUACAAAACACUUGGUUUUUCUAUUUGAGCAUGACGGUUUUUGGGAGGAUGACGAGCUGGCGAACCUUUUGUCCAAGGAGAAAAGAGAGUUCCAUUUGAGUUACAAUGCAUUAAACUCAGAUGGAUCUUUAAUAAUGGCGAGAAAAGAGGCAAUUAAGUGGAUGUUAAAGGUGAUUGCCCACUAUGGAUUCACUGCAAUGACUGCUGUUUUAUCUGUUAACUAUUACGAUAGGUUUAUUACAAGCCUUUGCUUCCAGAAAGAUAAGCCAUGGAUGAGUCAGUUGACUGCUGUGGCUUGUCUCUCUUUAGCUGCAAAGGUGGAGGAAACUCAAGUCCCUCUUCUUUUGGACCUCCAAGUGGAAGAAUCCAAAUAUUUGUUUGAGGCAAAGACUAUUCAGAGGAUGGAGAUUUUGGUGCUUUCUACUCUCAAAUGGAAGAUGAAUCCUGUGACUCCAAUUUCAUUCUUUGACCAUAGUUUAAGGAGAUUUGGAUUGAUGACUAACCUACACUGGAAGUUUAUGAGGAGGUGUGAGAGUUUUCUUCUCUCAAUCAUCACUGAUCAUAAGCUUGCGCAUUAUCUUCCAUCUGUUAUUGCUGGUGCAACAAUGAUAUAUGUUAUUAGAGAGAUUGAGCCGUGUAGUGCAAUGAAAUACGAAAAUCAACUAAUGAAUGUGCUCAAAAUCAGCAAGGAAUCUAUUGAUGAAUGCUCUAAACUUAUCCGGGAGGUAAUGGAUGGUGAUGACAACAAGCCCUGUCUCAAACGCAAACUUGAGAAUGUGCCAAGCAGCCCAUACGGUGUCAUCGAUGCAUAUUUUAGCUCUGAUAGCUCUCGCGAAUCAUGGGUCAUCUCAUCACCCGUUUCAUCAUCUCCUGAACCUUUGUUUAAGCGAAGCAGAGCUCGGGAUCAGCACAUGAGACUGGCUCCCCUAAGCAGUGUCUCUGUAAGCGUGGGUAGUACCCCUCGCUGAAAUGUCAUUCUCUAAAUUAUCUAAUAUUGGCUAUGGUACUUCAUAAUCUCUCUUUUAGCUAGGGGUUCUUGUCAUAAUUCAGUGCAAUUAUAUGACAUUUUAUAAAUUCUCACUGUAUUUCUGACCAACCCCAUGUGAUGAAUCAGACAUUUGUUAAACAAUUGACUCCACUGCCACUUUGAAUGGGAAUGGAGAUUGAGAUUGGAAAGAGGGAUUAUUGGCUCUA